UCAAAAAAUCCGGGUCUGUUUUUUCCUGUUGAGCAACAGAAGCAGCAGCGGCAGCACUGUGGAGAGGUCCGUCACAUGACUGCAGGGAUAUGGAGGCGGUUUUCCUCAUGCCCUGAGUUUGAUUAAACUAAAAUCACAUCAUAUUUUCGGCGCUACGUUGUGCCACGCAGACUGAGGUGUUUGCCUUCUCAGGACAGCCAUGGAGAGAUUAGAGGCUACAUCACAGCUCCAGUCACGGCUUUCAUCACUGUCUUUCUCAUCUUUCCCCGGAGUAACAGCCAAACAGUGCGACAACACGCCACCGGACAGGCUGCAGAAUACAAAUCUUUCAGAGAGCUUUACUCAGUCCAAAGACAGUAUGGAUGACACCAAGGAGGAUUCAGGACGUCUUUCUGAGCCUUGCACCAAUUUAACCCUGAUGUGUGUGCAUAUUGAGGGUAAUGAAGAGGCCCCUGCUGAGCUGGCCCUUGGGGAAGGAGGCGAGGAGAACAGCAGUGCAGGGAGCUGUCAGCUCUCCGCCGAGAUGAAAGCCCAGAUGCCGCCCCUGAACCCCCCGACAACUUGGACAUCUGCUGCUGUGAAGGAGUUAAAGGCGAAGCUCCGAACAGAGAAGGACAGUGUGGUGACGGUGUACCGAGGCGACAUCAUGACGGUCCACGUGCCCACCGUGCCCGAAGCCAAUAAAGUGUGCUGGGAGUUUGCCACAGACGGCUACGACAUUGGCUUCGGCAUCUAUUUUGACUGGACUCCCGUGACGAGCCGGUCCAUCACGGUGCACAUCAGCGAAUCGAGCGAUGACGAGGACGAAGAGGAGGAGCUCGAAGGGCCUGUCGGCAACGGGGACAUCGAGAAGGGCUCCAAAACUCACACCAACUCUAACUUGUCUGAAAUCCUCCCCGUGUACCGCCAGGACAGCCACCUGUCUGUGCAGGGGGGGAGCCACGAAUUUCCAGGUGAAGGCACUUAUCUCCUGAAGUUUGACAACUCCUACUCCCUUUGGCGAAAUAAAACACUUUUCUACAGGGUUUAUUACAGUGCCUGAGACGCCAGUUUAUCACUUAUGAAUGUACAAUUUACUGAAGAACAAUGAACUAUUUUUGAUUCCACACUUGUCGGGGAAGGGAUGGGGGGGAGACAUAAUUGAAAUUCUAAAGUAAAAUAGAAAAAAAAAAUAUAUAUAUAUAUGUAUAGGGAUAUCUAUUUUUUAUCACCGUCCGCUUCUGUUGUCUCUUGUUGAAUUUAAGUUUCUAAUCCCACAGAUUUCAAACGCUUCAGUGUCUUGCUAACAUGUGUUUGAAGAAGCCUUGCAUAUGUGCCAUUUUUCCCAUGUGUGCACCGUGCUAUUUGGUCAAGUGCCCAUCAUAAAAUAUCUAUUGUCUUCACCUGUAACAGAUCUAUGGUAGCAGUGAUCAGGGAAGGCCUGCACGGGUAUAACUGUGUUAAAUCAGCUAUGAUCUAAAGAAAGAAGUUUUGUGUGCGUGUGUGUGAGCGAGCUUGUGCACCUUUUCUUUCUUAUUAUUCUUAUUGCUUUGUCUUUGUUACCAACCUAACUUAUUUUUUUCUUGUCUGUAUUGAUCCUAAUCAUGUGAGGUUUCAGAUUAUGUAAAUUCAGAGUAUGGCGAUGUCUGCUGUCACAGUGGUGUGUUGGUUUAAAAAAAUAUAUAUAUAAAUAUAUAAGUCGAAUGUACUGAAGCAAGUGGUAAUCAGACUGUGCUUUUUAUGACACAAUUAAAAGCCAUCCCUUAUCACAUGAAGCUCUCGUUAUGUAAUAAAAAAAUCAAUAUUUACAUUUGACUUGCACACUUUCAUUAUGUUUGGAGGUAGAUUAUUUUUUGUGCACAAGUCUAUCUAAGAAAUAAGUUACUGUUUUGUUUUUAGUCUUUUUGAAAAAAAAAUCUUUCUUUCCUCAUUUCAAUCACUCUUUGUGCAUCUUCCAAAGAUUUCACAGAUCUGGCUGCUGACGUUGUAUACAGCAUACUGUAAAGCAACUGAUACUGUACUGUACUAAACCGUCACUGUAAGUUCUGCUGAUGGCAUCAAAUCCUGAAAUUUCUAAUUCCACAAUAAACAGACCAUUGUCUCAUUUCCUUUGUGGUUAAUUGAGACGAUUAGAUAAAACCAGCAUGAAUCAUGGUUGAUUGCUGGACAGCUUGAGGAGAAAAAUAAAUAAAAAAAUGGCCAGCCAAAGCUGCGCAUUUCACCCGAGACCCCGUCAUUUCAUAACAGUCUCGCUGCACAUCCAGGAUUAGAAAGCACUUCAGGGUGGCCCCUUGUGUUUCCAUUAAAUUGUGACAUUAGGGGAUUGAUGUAAUAGUUGCACAGAGGUGCUGAUGAAACCAGGUUUUAUUUUCAGUUCUCCCUUAAGGCCCCUCACAAUCUUAAGACGCAGCUAGUCUUACUUGGGCUUUACUGGAUUUUUUUUUUGGUUUUUUUUUUUAAAGAAAAAGCAAAUUAUCAAAAUUUAUGGAAAGCUCAAUAUCAUCAAAUUCAUUAUUUAUUCAAUUAACUUCACGGAAAUAUAAAGAUUUACUAGAUUCUAACAUAAUAAACAUUAUCUACAAGCAUAUGAUGGUCGAAUCCUAGUUGGCAUCCAAAAGCUGUUUAAAAAACAGGGAUAAUAAAUACAAAUGAA